GAACCUUUACUGGUAACUUAUGAUGAGUUUUCAACAUGUGAACUUUGAAAGCAUUGAUAGUUUUGGCUCGCAUCACCGUCAUCGGGGAUAUUCUUAUCGCCGCAACCGUGUCUUAUCUGAGGAAACUCUAGACACCAGGUCAACAUCCUUCAACAUCUUCACCGUCCAAUUCCACAAUCAUGCGGAAUCUACCUGCUCUGGUUCGUGAGAAAUUCAAAGCAGCUCAAGCUGCUGGUGAUAUCACCUAUUUCCAAACUCAAUUGGCCAUUCUGCAUUGCAAUUCGCUGCCGUUUCAAUUGCGAUAUUCCCCAGCGCUGGCACAUAAACCCAAGUCCGACAAGCCCAAAGAUACCUCUCAAAAGCCAUUUAAUCCGUUUCUAAAGCCGUCCCCGUCACUGCUUGUAACAGAGUUUGGGUCGCACAAUCUCGUACUCAAUAAAUUUCCUGUUAUACCGGAUCAUUUCAUUCUUUCGACCAAAGAGUUCAAAGAACAGACGCACUUGUUAGAGGAAGCUGAUCUUGAGGCGGCGUAUAACUGUUUAGAAUCAUACCAUGCGGAAGGAGAAGAAUUGUUUGGAUUCUUCAAUUCAGGAGAAUACUCGGGAGCAUCGCAACCCCAUAGACACAUCCAAUUUCUUCCAGUCGAAUCGAUGAGAGCGGGACUAGAGAAAGAGUUGGAAUGGUCUCCACUGAUCGACCGUCUCGUUGAGACACCCGCGCCAGAGCUCCCAUUCACAUACUUCGCCGCGUCUUUCCCAAGCAGUGUUCAACCGUCAGAUUUGCAUGCAACCUACUUGAAAUUGCACCAGAAGGCUUGCCAGCUAAUGAAAACAUCGCUUUCUCAGAACCUCAAGGAGGAGUCGUCCAUCAGCUAUAACUUGGGACUUACUAACAAAUCUAUGGUAUUAUGUCCGCGAACAUCGGAGGGGCUUCAGAUCGAGAAUGCUGAUGGCAAAAUCAUCGGAUCUGUUGCUUUGAACGGAACUCUUCUAGCGGGUACACUACUAGUUAAGAGUGACAUUGAAUGGGAUGCUGUUCGCAAGGACGAGGGAUUGCUCGUCAAUGUUCUCGAGACAAUAGGAGUACCUCUGCGUAAUACAAUUGAUUCUCAACACGCAAAUUCUGGUACUUUCGAGCCAAUAGACGGAAAGAUAUAAAUUUGAUUCGAUACGAGCUAAGAAGUCUGUUUAUUAAAGCACAGUCAUGAUACAAAGUCAGCCCAGCAUUACCUUUCUACUUGGACGCCCAAUCAACUGACUCUCGGUCGCUCGCUGGUCUUUUGUUCGACGUCAAGUGGUUAUCUAAACCCGCCGAUUCACGAAUUUGUUAUGUCUCUCGCUAACUAGAUAACCA